UUUGAGCAAGGGAACAUAACGGGGAGGGUGAAUAUUCUAGUAAUUUCCAGAGCUCCAGUCACUCUCCACCGUAAAUUAAACUUCCAGACUUUCUGAACGCAGCUUUUUAAAGUGUUUUUGCGGGGAAAAAGAAGGUUAAUUGGACUUCAGGACUUGUUGGCUUAACUCUCCGGCUUUUGAGCGCUUUACAGACGCAGCAGUUUGAGCACCUGAGUUUCACCAUGACUCCAAAGCAUCUGAGCAGCUAAACCAUUACGGUGACGGUACCUGCCGGUGACAUGCCUGCUGUGGUGAUCCUUGAUAAACCAUCUCACUGUGGAGUAAGAGUCCAGGUGUCACCAGAGAAGAGCUGAUGUGGCCGUUUGGAGGAGCGCACCAGUUUGAUGUCAGCUGGGAUUUGACACUGAGAAGGAGUUUGGGAUGCAAGAAAAACCCUAGAGAGACAGUCCUCGGCUUCUUUUACCUGGAUUCAACUCGGAGCCAUGGCCUCUGAGGUGGUGUGCGGGCUGGUCUUUAGGUUACUGCUGCCAAUGUGUCUUGCAGCUGCUUGCCUGUUCAGGUACAAUGUCUUGUCCUUCGUCUACCUCAUCUACCUCCUGCUUAUUCCACUCUUCGCAGAGCCCACAAGCACAACAAUGCAGGGCCACACUGGGCGUCUGCUGCAGUCCCUCUGCUUCACCAGUAUGUCCUUCCUGCUGCUCCACAUCAUCUAUCAGAUUACAGUCACCAGCCUGCUGGCGGGAGACUCCAUCGCCUCUGACUUCAACUGUUCCUCAUGGGAGAAAUCCAUCCGACAGAUUGGCUUUGAGAGUGUGAUUGGUGCAGACGCAGGGAACGGCAUCCGAGUGUUCAUCCCUGACAUCGGCAUGUUCGUGGUUGGCCUGGCCAUCUGGCUGCUGUGUCGCAGUCUGGUUCAGAAGAGGCCGCCUGAGGACAUGGCCCAGUACAACGCCGACUUUGACGCAGAGGAACAAGAAGAAGAGGAGAAGCUGAGCCUGGAUGACAACAUCCUGCUGGAAGAGGACUUUGAAGCCGGGUACGAGGCCGAGGAGGACGAAGAGGAUGAGGAGCUGGAGGGAGAGGAAGAGGAGGAGGAGGAAGAGGAGGAGGAAGAGAAGGAGAGCACUAAGAUGAAGGUGCUGCGGUUGGUGGCCGAGGUUGCAUCCAAAGUGAAGGAGAUUAUUGGGAACUUGAUCACUACUGCGGGGCAGGUGGUGGUGACCAUCUUGUUGGGCAUGACAGGCGUCAUGCUGCCCUCGUUGACCUCCGCUGUUUACUUCUUCAUCUUUCUGUUCCUUUGCACCUGGUGGUCUCUCUGCCGGACGUUUGACACCCUCAUUUUCAGCUGCAUGUGUGUCCUCAUGGCCAUCUUCAGCGCUGGACACCUCGUUGUCCUCUACCUCUACCAGUUCCAGUUCUUCCAGGAGACCAUUUCACCUGACGACAGCUACAUCAGUGUAUUUGGCAUUUCUCCCAUCGUUCAAACCAAUUGCUCCUACACGUGGAAAUUCAUCGUGCACCCACGGCGUAAAUGGUACCACUUUGUCAAUCCCAUCAUGCUGCUGAUUCUCUACUACACCCUGGCCACGCUCAUCCGCCUCUGGCUGCAGGAACCCAUCGACCAGCUGACGGACGACAAGGACGGCGAUAUGUGCGAGGAGGAAGAUCUGGAUGGAAACAGAACAAAUAACUCAGCCAACAGGAAGAGACAGCUGUGGUGGGGAUCACGCCAGGGCACAGACGAGAAAAAUCUCCUCUCCACCCAGGAUGGCAUCAGUACAACCGAGGCUGUCCCCGCCUCAAACGGGACUUCGUUUGAUUUCGUCACCACUGAGAACGGGCCGGUCUGUCUGGACUUGUACUCAACCCCGCAGUAUAAAAUGGACCCAGCUGGUGAUGGGACAGAGAAGAAGGAGGAGUGUGUGUAUGAAGUGUGUUUGCCUCCGGAGAAUUCAGAGCUGGACGGAGGAGAGGAGAAGUCCGAGGACACAGAGGACGGGAUGAAGAAAAGAGGAGUCGGUGCGAUGGUCAAAAUCUUCCACUUCAUCAUGAAACAGAGCUACAUCUGUGCUCUCAUAGCAAUGAUGGCGUGGAGCAUCACAUACGUCAGCUGGCUGACGUUUGUCUUCCUCAUCUGGUCAUGUGUGUUGUGGAUGGUGCGAGACCGGAGGCGAUAUGCAAUGCUGUCGUCUCCCUUCAUGGUGGCCUACGGAAACCUGCUGAUUGUUCUGCAGUACAUUUGGAGUUUUGAGAACAUGUCAAGUAUCCCAGGGCUCUUUGUCAAGAAGAACAACCCUUUCCACUCACUUUCAUCCAAGGUCCUGUGUCUGCUGAGCUUCUGGCUGCUGCUGAGACAAACACUCACAGAGAGACGAGAAAAACAAGAUGAAGACAGCGCUGGUCUCUCAGACGUUCAUGUGGAGGAAGAGAAGAAGAAGGAGGAGGAGGACUCUAAUGAGGGAGAGGAGCAGGACAUCAUGCAGGUUCUGGGUAACAUGGUCAUGUCUCUGCUGGUGAAAUACUGGAUCUACAUCUGUGGUGGCAUGUUCUUCUUCGUCAGCUUCGAGGGAACUAUCGUCAUGUACAAAAUCAUCUACAUGAUGAUGUUCCUCUCCUGUGUAGCACUCUAUCAGGUGCACUUUGAGUGGUGGAGAAGGAUCCUGAAGUACUUCUGGAUGUCAGUGGUGGUGUACACCAUGCUGGUCCUCACUCUUGUCUACACUUACCAGUUUGAAACCUCACCGGUCUUCUGGUCCAACAUGACCCAAAUGGACAAAAAGAGCUUGGAGGACCUGGGCUUGGAGACAUUUUCCGUCCCUGAGCUUUUCACCCGGAUUUUCAUCCCCACAUCCUUCUUGUUGGUGUGUAUUCUUCACCUGCACUAUUUCCACGACCGCUUCCUGCAACUCACAGACCUCCAGGCUGUGGUGGCGAAAGAGGAGAGCACUAUCUACAGGCUGGUUCACCCUGAUGGCAGCCUGGCAGACCUCACCAUGCUCAGCGUCAGCUCUGUGGAGGCCACGAUGCCCAGAGAGGAACAGGGGCCACAGGAGAAGCCGGAGCAGCUGAGCAAGAAAGAGGAGCAGGGAGAGUGGUGCACAGAAAAGGAAAAGGAGAAGGACCAGGCCCUGGUUGUGGUGUUAUGUGACACAAAAUCAAGUGAGGAUAAGCCCAGAACUUUCUCUGAUGGGCGGCAGUCGAGUACAGAUGAGAGCCAGAGCCACCACUGCAGCGCGGGGGGCGAGCCAGAGCCGAGCACCGAGCAGAGUUCAGAUCUGAAGAAUAAAUGGCAUCUGGUGGUCGACCGCCUGACUGUGCUUUUCCUCAAGUUUUUGGAGUAUUUCCACAAACUGCAGCUGUUCAUCUGGUGGCUACUGGAAAUCCACAUCAUCAAGAUUGUGUCCUGCUACAUUGUCAUGGUCUCUGUUCAAGAGGUUUCUUUGUUAAACUAUGUGUUCCUGGUGUCCUGGGCCUUUGCACUACCCUAUAGCCAGUACCGGCCCCUUGCCUCCAGCGUGUGCACUGUCUGGACAUGUGUCAUCAUCAUAUGCAAAAUGUUGUACCAGCUGAAGUCUAUAAAACCACCAACGUACUCCAAAAACUGCACUAUGCCAGAUGGCUACUCACAGGAGCAGGAAAAAGAGCUGAAGGACUCCCUGCUGUAUAAAGACCUGGUGGAGCCGGCACACUGGGUGGGCCUGAAGAAGCACGAUGAUCUGCUGGGCUACCUCAGGAACAACCUCUUGAUGCUUGCUCUGCUAGCAUUCGAGGUGACCAUCUACCGCCAUCAGGAAUAUUUUCGUCUGAGAAACAAACUGUCCCCUCCUGCUGCUAGGAUUAUCUUCCAUGACAUCACACGGCAGCACCUGGACCUCGGCAUCAUCAGCUUCAUCAAAUACUUCAUCAACUACUUCUUCUACAAGUUUGGAUUAGAGACAUGUCUGCUGUUGGUGGUCAAUGUAAUCGGGCAGCGUAUGGACUUCUAUGCCAUGCUUCACGCCUUCGCUUUGAUAGCAGUCAUGUAUAAACGCAGGAGGAAAGCUAUCGCUGAGAUCUGGCCCAAAUACUGUUGCUUUCUAGCUUGCAUGAUGACUGUCCAGUACUUUGUCUGCAUCGGGAUCCCACCAGCAGCCUGCAAAGAUUAUCCCUGGAGGUUUCCGAACUCAACUACCGACUCCAAUGUGGUCAAGUGGCUCUACGUUCCUGAUUUCCUCACCAAACCCAGACCAACUUUCCUCAUCUAUGACUUCAUGUUGCUGCUGUGUGCCUCUAUGCAGAGGCAGGUCUUCGAUGAUGAGAACAAGGCAGCUGUCCGUCUAAUGGCCGGAGACAACGUUGAGAUCUGCAGAGACCUGGACGCAGCCUCUUUUAGUGUCCACAACCCUGUCCCUGACUUCAUCUACUGCAGGUCCUACCUGGACAUGCUGAAGGUCAUCAUGUUCAGCUACCUAUUCUGGUUCGUCCUCACCAUCAUCUUCAUCACAGGAACGACACGCAUCAGUAUCUUCUGUAUGGGCUACCUAGUGGCCUGUUUCUACUUCCUGCUCUUUGGUGGCGACCUGCUGCUCAAACCGAUCAAAAAGAUCCUCCAUUACUGGGACUUCCUGAUCGCAUACAACAUCUUUGUGAUCACCAUGAAGAACAUUUUGUCUAUCCUGGCCUGUGGCUACAUCAACUCACUGAUUGUGAAGCACUGCUGGUUGAUCCAGCUGCUCAGCCUCGCCUGUACCAUCAAGGAUUACAAAAAUAACAUCAAGAAAUCUGAUGAGGAGCGGUGUGAGCUGCCCAGCAACGAGGCCGGCAUCAUCUGGGACAGUAUCUGCUUUGCUUUCCUGCUGCUGCAGAGACGAGUCUUCAUGAGCUACUACUUCCUCCAUGUGGUGGCUGAUAUCAGAGCCUCACAGAUUCUCGCAUCCAGAGGGGCUGAGCUCUUCCAGGCCACCAUAGUGAAGGCGGUGAGGGCCAGACUGGAGGAAGAGCGCAAAUCUGUGGAGCAGCUGAAGAGACAGAUGGAGCGCAUUAAGGUGAGGCAGCAAAAGUUUAAGAGGGGCAAGGAGAAGAUGCUGAGCAUAGCACAGGAGUCUGGAGAAGGACAGACCCUCGUCCAACCUCAAGAAGAGGAUGAUGAUGACGGAGCACAGCGAACGAAAGCCAAGACCAAAAAAAAGCAGUGGUGGAGGCCGUGGGUUGACCAUGCUUCCAUGGUUAGAAGUGGAGACUAUUACUUGUUUGAAACUGACAGUGAGGAAGAAGAGGAGGAGGAGGAGAAAAAAGAAGAAGAGCCGCCAAAGAAGUCGGCGUUCCAGUUUUUAUAUCACGCCUGGAUCACAGAUCCCAAAGCUGCUCUAAGAGCAAGGGGCAAAGAAAAACGCAAAUUCUGGAAGAAAUAUACGAGAGUUAGACACAGAAAAAGCAAGAAAGAAGCUGGUCAUGUGACCAUAGACCUCGGAGAGCUCUCAGAUGGGGGAGAGAAAGAUGAGGAGAACAAGAAGACUGAUGGUCCAGACAACAUAAUCAAGCGAGUGUUCAACAUCAUUAAGUUUACCUGGGUGCUGUUCCAGACGACAGUGGAAAGCUUCACAAAGUGGAUGAACGACAUGUGCAGGGAGUACAUCGACAUCUCCACUGUACUUCGGAUAGAGCGCUGCAUGCUCACCAGAGAGGUCAAAAAGGGUAAUGUGCCAUCCAGAGAGAGCAUCCACGUCUACUACCAGAAAGCCAUGAGGCUCAACAUGUCCCGACAGGCCAGCAUGGAUAUACUCAGCGACGACGAGUCAGCCUCGGGCUCCUCCAGGGUCAGAAGAAGGCGAGGAGGCUACCGUAUGGAGAGCCAGGACUCCACAGCCUCCAGAGAUAGCAUGUCCAGUGCCGUGACUGAGGCAACCACAUUGUUUUCUCGCCAAUCCACCCUGGAAGACCUGGACGGGAUGCCAGAGUGCAUUCCUAAAACCAGCGAGCGCGCCAGGCCCAAACUGCGUAAGAUGUACGGCCUAGACGUGUCCAAUUCUUCAAUGGACAGCUGCAGCAGCUUCAUGUCCAGUGAAGCGACCCAGUGCGUCAUACUCUACUCCAGACAGGGCACCACAGACACCAUAGAAGAAGUGGAGGAUGAGCAGGAUCAAGGGGAGGACAGGCAGCAGGUUCUCUGGGAGUCCCAACAGUUAGAUGAGAGUGAAGGGGCUGAAGGAGGUCCCUGGAGUGAUGGAGAACCCAGGGAGAGAGAAGGAGACGAGGAGGAGGAGGGGAUUGGGAGACUGCCGAGUGAAGAGAGUGAGAGGGUCGAGGGUGAUGAAGGACAAGAGGGUGAAGAGGUUGAAGAGGGUCAGGAGGGGCCGGAGGCUGAGGAAGGAGUAGAGGAUCCGCUGGACCUGGAGAGCAAAGAGAGGGAAGAGGUUCACUGGGACUCUUUUGGCCCAGAUGAAGGUCCCUCUCUCAGACAGGAGGAGGUGGACUCUGCUCCUUCAGGUCAGGAGAAAGACUUCAUCACUGAGAGUGAGGAUGGGGGAGGACAGCAGGACUUUAUGCAGACAGAUGGGAGAGUUGGACUGCUCUACACCCCGGACACUGAUGCUUCUAAAAUGUCUGACGCUGACGUUCCUCCCAGCUACAGCAAGGCGGUCAGCUUCGACCGGCUAGAGGUCAGCGAGGAUGAGAGCGACAUGGACCGUAGGAGGCGAAUGGUGAUGACGUCAGACAGCCGCUCAGACAGCAGGUCAGACCUCAUGCUGCCCUCCAUGACCACCGAGCUGACUGCCAGUGAACUUCUGCUCAACAAGAUGUUUUAUGACGAGGAGCUGGAGGAGUCCGAUAAAUUCUACCAGAGACAGCCUCUCAUACUCCAGCUCUGCUACGCACUCUACAACAUGUUGGUGGCUCACUCAGAGAUGGUGUGCUACCUGGUCAUCAUCAUCAACCACAUGGUGUCGGCCUCCUGUGCCACUCUGGUCCUCCCUAUCACCAUCUUCCUGUGGGCCAUGCUGUCAGUGCCUCGACCGAGCAAACGCUACUGGAUGACUGCCAUCGUCUACACCGAGGCCACCAUCGUCAUCAAGUACUUCUUCCAGUUUGGCUUUUUCCCGUUUAACCAGAAUAAAGUAGACAAAAAUAAACCAUAUUACCCUCCCAACAUCAUCGGUGUGGAGAAGAAAGAUGGUUACGUCCACUAUGACCUGGUCCAGUUACUGGCUCUGUUCUUCCAUAGAUCCAUUCUGAAGUGUCAUGGUCUGUGGGACGAUGACGACCCGAAACUAAGGCGAGAGCAGUCCCGGUCCCAGUCCCGUCAGAGUGAGUCCGAGGAUGAAGGAAAGGAAAAGGAGGGAAGUGAGAAGGGCUCUGAACCUGCAUCCUCGCUCUUCAGUGAUAGGAGAAGCUCCACUCACACCGUGAGAUCCAUGAACUUUGGGACCUCUAUUGAUUCGGGACAGGUUCAGGUCCACUACCCCCAACAGCAGACCUACCAGCGCCGCAAAAGCUCCAGCGGAGGAUCGCACAUUUCUCACCGAUCACUGCACUCCUCUGCAAGGUCCAAAAGAGGAAGCACAGCUUCCCACAACAGCAGCCGUAAGGAGGGCAGCAUGGCCAGCGUGCACCAGAAGACACGUAAACAGAUGAUCAUGGAGAAGCUGAGGGAGCAGCUCUUCAAAGGAAAAGCUUUCCUCUUGAAGCGGUUCAUGGAGAUCUACCUUCCCAUGAGGCAAUUCUUCUAUAACCUGAUCCAUCCAGAGUACAGUGCAGUCACAGACGUCUACGUGAUGAUGUUUCUCGCUGACACAGUCGACUUCAUCAUCAUCGUGUUUGGAUUCUGGGCCUUUGGUAAACAUUCAGCUGCAGACAUCACGUCGUCUCUGUCAGAGGAUCAGGUGCCGGGACCUUUUCUGGUCAUGGUGCUGAUCCAGUUUGGGACCAUGGUGGUGGACCGGGCCCUCUACCUCAGGAAGUCUGUCAUGGGAAAAGUCAUCUUCCAGGUCAUCCUACUCUUUGGCAUCCACUUCUGGAUGUUUUUUAUCCUGCCAGGAGUUACAGAGAAGCGUUUCAGUGAGAACAAAGUGGCUCAGAUGUGGUAUUUUGUCAAGUGCAUUUACUUCGCCCUGUCGGCCUAUCAGAUCCGCUGUGGUUAUCCCACUCGAGUUUUGGGAAACUUCCUCACAAAGAGCUACAAUUAUAUGAACCUCUUCCUGUUUCAAGGUUUCCGCCUGGUGCCAUUCCUGACAGAGCUGCGAGCAGUGAUGGACUGGGUUUGGACAGACACCUCGCUGUCUCUGUCCAGCUGGAUCUGUGUGGAGGACAUCUACGCUCACAUCUUCAUUCUGAAAUGCUGGAGAGAGUCUGAGAAGAGGUACCCCCAGCCGAGAGGUCAAAAGAAGAAGAAGGUGGUGAAGUACGGGAUGGGAGGGAUGAUUGUAGUGCUGCUGAUCUGUAUCGUCUGGUUCCCGCUUCUCUUCAUGUCCCUCGUUAAAUCUGUAGCCGGAGUCGUCAAUGCUCCACUGGAUGUCUCUUUUGAAAUCACCCUGGCUGGAUUUCAGCCCAUCUUCACCAUGAGCGCUCAACAAAAACAGCUGCAGAUUGUGAAUGAGGCGAAAUUUAUUGAUUUUGUGCACAAAUACAGCAAACCUGAAGCUAUAGAGUGGCUGGAGGGCUACACAGCAGCUGAUCUGAUCAUCGCAGAGCUGAAAGGCAGCUCCAACUCACUGUGGACCAUCAGUCCACCCAGCAGAGAAAGUCUGAUUGACAUGUUAGGCAGUGAUGAGGAGUUUCCUAUCACUGUGUCUUGGUCUGUGCAAAGAAACCUCACUCUUGGUGCCAAGGCUGAAACGGCGUCCGGAAAACGGGUGACCCACCUUGAAAAAAAAACAAAGGAAGAGCUGAUAAAGCUCCUCAGAGGGAAUGAGAGCAAUUCUGUGAUCCUGGAAGACAUCUUCCCCCGUUUCAUUCGAGCCCCAAGUGACUCUGAUGCCAAGCCUGUUGAGCUGCUUAAUAAAGGCGAGGAUCAAACAAAGAUGUAUAACAUCACCUUGACCCUGAUGCGAACUCAGAAUGUCUCAGGUCAAGUCCAGGAAUGGUGGAAGGUCAACCAGACGGAGCUGGGCCCCAUAUCGAUAAGGAGUGAAAAAAACAUGUAUGCAGAAGGUCUGGAGGUCUAUGUGUUCAGUGACCAAGUCAGCCCGCCCAGUUUGGGCUUCCUAGCCGGAUACGGGAUCAUGGGUCUGUACGCCUCUGUGGUUCUCGUCAUUGGCAAGUUUGUGCGUGAGUUCUUCAGCGGCAUCUCCCACACCAUCAUGUUCGAAGAGCUGCCCAACGUGGACCGAAUCCUCAAACUUUGCACGGACAUCUUCCUGGUCCGAGAGACGGGUGAGCUGGACCUGGAGGAGGACAUGUAUGCCAAACUCAUCUUCCUCUACCGCUCACCAGAGACUAUGAUAAAAUGGACCCGGGAGAAAACUCAGUGAAACUCCUAGAGGGGAGACAAACUAAUGAAAACCAGGCGGGGGCUUUUCAUGCAAGAGCUCUGCUGGUGUGAGGAGCAGCCUGUUCACCUGUUGAUGGAGCAAAAAAGCAGCUGAGGACCAAGUUUGUCCUCUUUAUCUGAGCUCUGAUGGUAGUGAGACAUCUUUAGCUCCAUGUGAAUACACUUUUUUGACAUAUGAACUGGUAUUUUAUACUACUUACUGAUUAAAAACAGCCACAGAUGCAAUCAUAAUAUGGAUAGUUGAGGACAAGUUUGCCGGGGCUCAGUUUGGCAUUUCGUGAAUAAAACAAGCAGCUGGUGUUCAGUUGCAGAACAUCAAACCUUUUUGGACAAUUUUCCUAUCGUAUAAAGAGUCCUAUCCCUUAGGUAGAGGUAGGUUUUUACACUCAGAUGUCCUCAUUGCUCUUUUCAAUCAUUUUUCACAACGGCACGGCUGGAGAGGAGAAGCUCAAACUGGCUGCAACAUUAAUCUUUAAGGGCUUCCCGUCUACAAUGCACGAUAAUGACCACAUGAGCACAAUCUCAUCAUCCUCUCCAACUGGAACCUUCAGACUGUGGGACUGUGCAAUAAGAAGCUUUCACCGCUCCAAAGCAAGGAUGAAGAUCGACGUAAGAGGCGGAUUCUGCUCUUUUUAAAACAUCAGAGGCCACACAGCACAGAAAACAUUAUCGGACAAUCUUUCCUUGCCUUAUUUUGUUUUUAUGAGACAAACUGAAACUCUAAACGACUACAUAUCUUUCUCAGGAAGAGCUGUUUCACAGAUAUCCAGUGUAUGAGUCAUAUGUUACCACAUGUAGGUUUCGAUGGAUCUAAAAGAGAUUGUAGAAAAGAAAAAAACUAUUUAAAUGGCAUGAUUUUAUGUGGAUAGUGUUCAGAUGGACUGAUAUGAAGUAUGUUAACUGCACAGGCUGUAUUAAGUGAGAAAAUGCAUCGCUGUGGAUCGUUUUCCGCAAAGGAUUGAGAUUUAAAAAGCAGAUCCUCCAUGUGAAUCAUCUACAGGUUGGCUGAGUCGAGACACAGCGGAGCUCAGCAGAGGGCUGAAACAGGGUAACGUGCACAAGGUGGAAGACAUGCACAUCACUCGAAAACCUCUCGCUGUUUCUAACUCAUGAACUCUGUGGCGCCAACAACCGCACGCACAUCAGUCAUGAAGGAAGAAGCGAGCAGACACACAAAAAGAUUUUUUCAAAUGAAGGGCUGAACCACAAAGUCCUUCUGUCCAAACUAUGCAUUAGAGGACAUUGUAGCAUGAAAGAAAAACUUCAUUAUUGUCAUGAUUUUCAAUACAUGUACAUACAAAGAUUAAGGGGAUCAGGUCAGGGGGAAUGAAAUGUGAAAUUGUUCCUGUAUGUUGAGGCAAUGUGGUCUGAUGGAGGUCCAGAGAGCUGCAAA